AAAUCGAGGAAAAUCGUCCACCCCGAGAAGGAGGGACCGUCCUCUGGCGCGCAGGCAAAACAGGAUAUCUAUGAAUACACACGCCCGAGAGCCUGCGUCGCCUCAGCUUUUCCGACACUGUCCUCCUGGACGCACGUGGCCAUGAAUUCGGCAGAGCAUACGGUAACAUGGCUCAUAACGCUGGGCGUCCUGGACUCGCCGAAAAAGACGGUGUCGGAUCCGGAGGGAUUUCUGCAGGCGUCCCUCAAAGACGGAGUGGUCCUGUGCAGGCUGCUGGAGAGGCUGCGACCCGGCCCGGGCGUUACAGUCUUUCAGGAACCGAAGAACGACAGCGAGUGCUUGAGCAAUAUCAGGGAGUUCCUAAAAGGCUGCGGUUCGUAUCGCGUGGAGACAUUCGAGGCUGAUGAUCUGUAUCAGGGCCAGAAUUUCACCAAGGUGCUGAAUUCCUUGGUCGCGCUCAACAAAGCUACUGCAGGGAUUGGCGUGGGCAGUGACUCCGUAUGUGUGCGGCGCUCCUGCACCCUGAGGAUCAAGUCCUUUGACUCCCUCAACUCUCAGCCCUCUCACGGCAGAGCUUCCAAACUGCUGCACAACCAGUACCGCAGUCUGGACAUGUCUGAGAACAGCACGGCUCAGCUGCUGGUGAAGGCCCGCUUUAACUUCCAGCAGAGCAACGAGGACGAGCUAUGCUUCAACAAGGGCGACGUCAUCCAGGUGACGCGGCAGGAGGAGGGUGGCUGGUGGGAGGGGACGCUCAACGGCAAGACCGGCUGGUUCCCUAGCAACUACGUGCGGGAGGUCAAAGGAAGCGACAAGGCCGUCUCGCCCAAGUCCGGGACACUGAAGAGCCCCCCUAAAGCGGCAGAGGCGAGUGCCGUCAGCAAGACGUACUACAAUGCGGUCCUCCAGAACAUCGUGCAGAAGGAGACGGAGUACAGUAAAGAGCUGCAGUCCCUGCUGAGUGGUUACCUGAGGCUGCUGCAGCCCACAGACAAACUGUCUGUAGCGGACAUCGCUCAUAUUCUGGGCAACCUGGAGGAGAUCAACUCUUUCCAGCAGUCUCUGGUUCAGUCACUAGAGGAAUGCACCAAGUUUCCGGAGAACCAGCAGAGGAUCGGAGGGUUCUUCCUGUCCCUCAUGCCGCAGAUGCAGAGUCUUUACGUGGCGUACUGCUCAAACCACCCCUCUGCUGUCAGCGUGCUCACCCAACACAGUGACGAGCUGGGCGAGUUCAUGGAGAGCAAAGGCGUGAGCAGUCCCGGCAUCCUGGCGCUCACGACCAGCCUGAGCGCGCCUUUCCUCCGGCUGGACAGAUAUCCGGCCCUGCUCAAGGAGCUCGACAGGCACAUGGAGGACUUCCACGUGGACCGCUCAGACCUUCAGAAAUGCCUGACUGCAUUUAAGACCCUCUACGCACAGUGUCAGGAACUGAGGAAGAGGAAGGAGUUGGAGCUGCAGGUUCUGAUGGAGCCAGUGCGUGGCUGGGAAGGGGAAGGCAUUAAGACCCUGGGCUCCGUCAUCUACAUGUCUCAGGUGCUCGUGCAGAACCACGGCAGCGAGGAGAAGAACGAGCGCUACCUGCUGCUCUUCCCCCACGUGCUGCUAGUGCUCUCCGCCAGCCCUCGAAUGAGCUGCUUCAUCUACCAGGGGAAACUUCCUCUCACAGGGACGACCGUCCACAAGAGCGAGGACACGAGAAAUGCUUUUGAAAUAUCCGGGAGUAUGAUUGACAGAAUCCAGGUGAUCUGUAACAACCAGCAGGAUUUGCAAGAGUGGGUGGAGCAUCUUCACCGUCACACCAAACGCACGUCAACCAGCAUGUCCAGUUUAAAACCACAGUCUGUACCAUGCCAUACGCUCCCCUCACACCCCAUCACCCCAUCCAGGCACUCGGAGAGCCGGGGCGCGAGCGGAGCUCCCGCCUACCACACCCUCCCACACCUCUCCUCCCACGGAACCAUGAUAUGGGGUCCGCUGGAGCCCCCCAAAACCCAGAAGCCCUGGAGCCUGAGCUGUCUCCGACCAGCCCCGCCCCUCAGACCCUCGGCUGCGCUGUCCCAUAAAGAGGAUCUCAGCAAAAGCCCCAAGAGUAUGAAGAAGCUCCUGCCCAAGCGCAAGCCAGAGAGGAAGCCGUCGGACGAGGAGUUCGCCCUGCGGAAAAGCACGGCUGCCCUGGAGGAGGACGCGCAGAUCCUGAAAGUAAUCGAGGCUUACUGCACGAGUGCCAAGACGCGGCAAACGCUCAACUCAACAUGGCAGGGCACUGAUUUGAUGCAUAAUCACGUGCUGGCUGACGCGGAAGCUGUGGGUUGCCGUGCCAGCAUGUUGCGUCUGGAACACUCAUCCGACCAGUCAGAAGACUCGGACUAUGACAGUAUACGGACAACCCAUAGUUACAGAAUGGCUCCCACCUCUCGGUCAAGGAAGGAGUCCGGACUCCACAUGCUGUUUCCCGAGGAGGAGAAGAUCAUCGUGGAAGAAACAAAAAGCAACGGUCAGACAGUGAUAGAGGAAAGGAGCCUGGUGGACACUGUGUAUGCACUGAGGGAUGAAGUUCAGGAGCUCAAACAGGACAACAAGAGGAUGAAGAGGACCCUGGAGGAAGAGCAAAAGGCAAGGAAAGAGCUGGAGAAAAUGGUGACGAGGGUGUUAAAAAGCGUGAAUGACCCUUCUUGGGGUGAGACUAACUUAUAAAGUCAGUUAGUUAGCCGCCUGUUUGCAUAUGGUCCGAGCCGGAAGCAAAAAAAGGGCCGCAAGAACCCCGACAAAUGGACGGUGUCCUGUAACGCAGCGUGCGUGACUGUUGUAAAGAACCAGUCCCUUUAUCAACCUUUGACCAAAAGAACCCUUUGUCGAGCCAAGCCCGAAGAUGCAGUGAAGGUGACGGACACGCCGUACGACCGGACUGGACCGCGCCCUUUAUUUCCCGCCACCGAAUAAAGACUCACUACGACCGUCUUAAGCUUGCCAGUGCCAAAUUUGCUGGUCUCUGCCAAAUGGAAUAUUGGCCUCUGAACUGCUGGUGUAAACCAAGAAAACCGAUAUUGGAAUAAGUGGCCGAAGCAGCUUUAGGUUAUGCCUUAAAUUCUAUUGAACGUGUUUAAAAGGAGAAACGUAUACUUUUAUUUAUAUAUAUAUAUAUAUAUAUAUAUAUAUAUAUAUAUAAUAUAAAUAAAAGUAUUGGCAAGUAUGAGAAACUCUGUCUACAGAAAGCUAACAUCACAUGGUUCCCAGUUAGUCAGAAAACUGGGAGUCUCAGGGAUUGUAGUCCAGUUGAUAUGUCGGCUCUUAGGUCCUUGACUAAAGUAGAUCUUUCAGUUGGAUCUUUUAGGAAGCAAUAUCGACACUGUGAAAGAGUAACAAAAAUCCUGGCCAGCAAGGAUACAACAAUACAGUGCCGCAGCCGUUCAGAGGACUUUUUUUGGCAAAAUGAUAUUUCUAUGCUCAUUGUUUUCUCGUGGUUGUUUUAAAUUGCCUCAAUGUUUCUGUCUCGUUUUCUUUCAUUGCAGUUUUACACAUGAACGUGGGCAAGCCCUUUUUUAUUGUUCAAGGUGAUUAUUCUUGGUUUUAAUUUGCUAUUAUUCCACUAAUGAAUUUGUACAGAGAUUAAUUUCUAGCCUAUACUGCAAAAGAUGUGCAGAAAUGUGCCUUUUUUGGGGAACAAUUUCCAGAAAUUUCUUGGCAUUUUCUCUGCAAAUCCAAGACCGUUUGUAAGAAAACAACAUAUGCAACAAAUAUUUGAAUAUUCAGUGCUACGGUGCUGCUUUAACUGACAACUUCCAUGUCGUUAUUCUAAUUUAUGUAUUUAAAUGAAAUGAAAUAUCUACUGAAGACAUGUCUGUGGUUUCUAUUCCAUUUUCUGUGGUACAGAAGACACUUCUGCUCACCUGUUCCUUCUUUGCUUUCUGUCCUUCCCGUUUUCUUUCGAUCUUUAAUUCAUUCUUUCAUUUGGUCUUCUCUAAUCUACAUGCUAAUUUAUGUGAACUAAACAAAAUAAAAUCGUACUUAUUCAUUAUUUA